CUUGGCUCUCCUCAAAAAUUUCAAAAUUAUUCUUCUCCUUCUCCCUCCUUCUCUCUCUCUAAACCGUAAAACCACCAAGGAAUCGACAUUCCGAGCUCCAAUUUCCCGAUUCUGGCUCUAGAUCGAGAAUUCCCGAGUUCCCCAUUCUACAGUUCUUCUUCAUCUGCAAGUCGAUCCGUAGCUUCAUGCACUCAGUCUCCGUCCGCGACCGACCCUCUUCAUUUCACUACAGUCUCCAUUCUCUAGUCCCUCCCCAACCGAUUUCUUCAUCCUUCCGACUGAGUGAGUUCCCGAUUGUUGGGUUCUUUUCAUCUGGAAGAUUCGGGUUUUGCUUGUUUCAGUUUUUUGUUCUGCGUUAGUCUGGAAUAAAUCCGCUGCGAGCUCCUCUUCCACUUUGUAGUGCAUAUCUAUAGCUUGCCUGUGUUAGUCACUUGCCUAAUUGGGUACUGAAGCUAUUAAUUAAUCGCCCAAAACAACAAGAUCAGGGCUUCUGGUGGUUUUUAUAUGUCUGGUUCAUUAAUUAGUUCUCCAUAAGUUUACCCUCCUGUUGUAAAUUUGCAGAUACAGACUACUUCACCAAUUUAUAGCCCAUUUUUCUUCACUGAAACAUGGGGCUGGAGGACUACCAUGUGAUAGAGCUAGUUGGGGAAGGAUCUUUUGGCAAAGUCUAUAAAGGCCGACGCAAAUGCACUGGCCAGACUGUUGCCAUGAAGUUUAUAAUGAAACAAGGGAAAACCGAGAAGGAUGUUCAUAAUUUGAGGCAAGAAAUUGAGAUUUUGAGAAAGCUAAAGCAUGAAAAUGUUAUUGAAAUGCUUGACUCGUUUGAGAGUCCCCAAGAGUUUUGUGUUGUCACAGAAUUUGCACAGGGUGAACUAUUUGAGAUACUAGAGGAUGACAAAUGCCUCCCUGAAGAACAAGUCCAGGCUAUUGCAAAGCAACUGGUGAGAGCGUUGCAUUAUUUGCACUCAAAUAGAAUCAUCCACAGGGAUAUGAAGCCGCAGAACAUACUCAUCUGUUCUGGAUCAAUUGUUAAGCUUUGUGAUUUUGGGUUUGCCCGUGCAAUGUCCCAGAACACUGUCGUUCUGCGGUCCAUAAAAGGAACACCCUUAUAUAUGGCUCCAGAGCUGGUCCGGGAGCAACCUUACAACCACACUGCUGAUUUGUGGUCGCUUGGAGUUAUAUUAUAUGAAUUGUUUGUUGGCCAGCCCCCGUUUUACACAAAUUCUGUAUAUGCUCUCAUCAGGCACAUUGUUAAGGAUCCUGUAAAAUAUCCGGAUAACAUGAGCUCAAAUUUUAAAAGCUUCCUUAAGGGAUUGCUCAAUAAGUCACCACAAAAUCGGUUGAGUUGGCCUCAUCUUCUGGAACAUCCAUUUGUCAAAGAGAUUUCAGAUGAAAUGGAGGGCAGGGAGGUUCCCUUUGCAGUUGCUGCAGCUUGUGAAUCUGAUGCAGCCUUGGAUAUUUGCAGAAAAAACAGCCAAAGAUCAGCUGAUCUAGCUGGGUCUUCUCCUGAGGUUGCAGGGAAUACUUCACCAGUACCUCCUGAGGAUUUUCCUGGAUUUGCAAGUCAUAAUGAUGUCAAGCACUCUGGUAAUCAUACGUUGGACAGAUUGGAAAACAACUCACGAACAGUUAAAGGCGCACAAGUAAUUGGUAAAGAUAACGAAGCAUUGACACAAGUCUUGCUACCUCUGAGAAGGUGGUCAAAAGACUCCCAACAUUCAUGCAGGGAUCAAGAGAUUAUUUGUGCAAACCAAUCAAUGAGAAUUCUUUCUAACUUGGCUGCUGCUGGGGCUUUCCAGUCUAGUGGACUGCUAGAUGAAAUACUGAGUGAACUUUUUGAGUUCACUUCCAGUAUAAUGAGCCUGAAUUCAUCGGGACUCAAUGAAUUACUAUCCAAGGUUCUCUCUGUCAUAAAGCAUUUGUUAGAUUGUAGUGUAAGUUGCAUUGCAAGUUCACAUUUCACAAAACACUGGGUUGCAAUGACAGAAAUUUUUUCACAGAUUCUCAGCUCCAGUGAGGACUCUACAGGAAGAGUUGUUUAUGAGGCCAGCACUUGUAUCACAUCUGUAUUAUCAAAAGUAGCAAAUGCUCUCAAAACUUCAGAUUCAGAUACAGUUAACACUCCUUUGAUGAUUGAGAGAUCAAAGCAGAUCCUUGAUCGAGCUAAGACAUGUGGCUUGAUGGAGCAGUUAUGCAUUUGCUUAGCAACCGCAGGCUCAGGCCUCAUUUCUGGUUCUUCCACCAUGUUGCGUACUGCUUGUGAAGCUUGUAAGGCAAUCUGGUCACUGAUAGAUGGAGUGGAAGCUCUUUACAUGAAAUCAAAUCCCUCGUUAUUUCCUGUAACUGCUUUUCGAAGUUGUUCAAUGCGCCGGCUUCAGAUUCAGGACCGUGAAAGAGUCUCGUUGGUGGGAACAGAUUCUACAAGAAUGAUUGAUGCAUUUGUUAGAGCUUUCUUGAGAUCAAAAGCUGUUCAGGUAGCUGUCUCCUAUUGUUUACGUCAACGUAUGGAGACUUCACUACAGGCUACAAUACAGAUCCUUUCAAGAUGCUGCCUGCAAAGUGCAAUUAUUCCUGGCAUUCUUUGUGGCUUACCCACUUCGCUUCCUUCUACUACUGUUGUAAGUGGUGGAGGAGAUGGAAGUAUAGUUUCUGAAAUAUUCUCCGUUUUGUCAUUGUGUGCUUCGUUGCUAAGCAAAGACCCUCAAGCAGGCGAAACAGCAAAGACUAAGUUCGCAAAUCCUUCCCUUCUAGCGACGCAUUCGUGCCUCCUGCUUGCUAUUAUUGCUCAGUGUUUCAAAUCCUCUGGAAGAAAUUCUGCAUUGUUUGUGCUGACCACUUCCAUGAAAAAACAGCAAGCCAGACUUUCAGUUCUUGCCCACCAUUUUUCUUCUGAUGAUGGGAAGGCUUCGCUGCAUCCACAUUCUGCAUCAGCUAUGUUGGCUCUUUCUUGUAUUCUAUCCCUUGAGUGUGGUGCUCCUGUCGAGUCGUCAAUCUCUGAAGUAGCAGUUCCUUUGAUUCCUCGAACUGCCACUCUCUGUGAACAGCUUAAGGUAUUGGAUGGAAAUGGAACAACUAAGCCUCAUAAUUCCAGUGGUGCUCUAUCAUAUUGGCAUGGUCUUCGGGAUGGAUGUGUUGGCUUGCUAGAAUCAAGACUGAAGUGGGGAGGGCCACUAGCUGUACAGCAGCUAUGUGCAAGUGGCAUUCCUCUUCUUCUAAUUGAGUUGUUAAACCACAACCAUCAAAUUGCCUCUGCUCAAGAAACUGCCAGCAGUGGAUAUCAGGUUGGGCUCUCCCCUGCAGGGGUUGUGUGGACAGUUUCAUCGAUUGGCCAUUGCCUUUCCGGUGGAGCUUUGGUCUACCGUCAGAUUUUACUUAGGCUUGAACACAUCAAGCUAGUCAGUGACUUGAUAUCUGAAGUUCACCUCAAGCUUGUUAAAGGGUGGGGUGGUCCAGGUGGUGGAAAGGAUGGAGUGAGAGAUCUGAUAAACUCUGCAAUUGAUAUGCUAGCUUUCCCUUUUGUUGCUAUUCAGAAUGCUCCUGGUCUGCCUGCUUCUAAUGCAUCUAUAAACAGCGGCUUCCUUCUCAACACGGGUUCACCUGGGGGUAAAAUAUGCAUUGAAGAUAGGGCCAUUGUGAAAGCAAUAGAAGAAGAUUUAGGGAAGUUUGCAAAAAUCCUAUUGGAGGUGGGAGUACCUAGCAUUAUUCUUCAGUGCCUGGAGCAUGUAGAAACAAAAGAUUUGGGUAGGCCUGUUGCAUUUCUUGCAAAGAUGGCUGGCCACAAGCCUAUGGCUGUUCACCUUGUGGGCAAAGGCUUGUUGGAUCCUAAUAGAGUUCGAAGACUGCUUGAUAGUUCAUCCCCAAGGGAGGUUACAUUGGAUAUCCUUAUGAUCAUCUCCGACUUAGCUCGGAUGGACAAGGGAUUCUACGAACAUAUCAACCGCGCUUCUGUUCUAGAGAUCUUGAAGGACUUCCUGAUACAUGAAGACCCUAACAUUCGGGCAAAAACUUGUAGUGCUCUUGGCAACAUGUGCCGUCAUAGUGCCUACUUCUACACUUUGCUACAAAGGCAUCACAUAAUUGGUCGCCUAAUUGAUCGCUGUGCAGACCCAGAUAGACGUACCAGAAAAUUUGCAUGUUUUGCUAUUGGAAAUGCAGCAUACUAUAACGAGAUGUUAUACGAUGAGCUCAGAAGAUCAAUCCCUCAGCUAGCCAAAUUGCUGCUGUCAUCCGAGGAAGACAAGACGAAAGCCAAUGCUGCUGGUGCAUUGAGCAAUCUCGUUCGCAACUCCAGCAAACUCUGCGACGAAAUUGUCUCCCAUGGAGCUAUGCAGGCUUUGCUGAAGCUGGUAGCCGACUGUUCCACGAUAGCCCUGAACCCAAGUAGGAAAGAUGGGUUGAACGAAUCUCCCCUGAAGAUAGCGCUUUUUUCACUGGCGAAGAUGUGUGCACACGCGCCUUGUAGGGAGUUCCUCCGGUCAUCAGAAUUAUUUCCUGUGAUAGGGCAACUGAGGCAGUCCCCGGAAUCCACCAUCGCCAACUACGCUACCCUCAUUAUCAGUAAAGUCGGCGGAACUUGAGAUGGAAUUGGGGGGGGGGGGGGGGGGGGGGGGGGGGGGUAGUUACAGGUUAAACAUCCUCGUUAGCUUUUUUAGUUCCAGAGAUGUGCUGAUGGGAGUGGUUGUUUUGGCGCUCGUUCAAGAACUCACAGCUGAUAGUGCAAACAAGGAUUGCGCGAUCCUUUGUAUGAAAUUGUUUUAUGUGCUUUCAUGCUCAAAAACUGAUGUAGAUUGGAGCAUGUGACAUUCUGAUAGUGAGCAAUUUGCAGUUGAUCAAGCAACUUAUGCAGCCACGAAAUUACCAACUGGAAAUCAUCUCUGACGUGCCAUUUCUCUACAAAGUUACAUCAUGUGGUUGUAUGUGAAGUUAUGUUUCUAACAGCCCUACCAUUCUCAUCUGCUCAUCGUCGUGGAUAAUGGUCGAUGGCCUGGAAGCUUUUAACAGCAAGCAAGGUAUGUUCUCCUAUUUGAUGCACAUGUUGCUUUGUCUUGGCAAAUGCAUUAAGAAUACUUGAUCUUAUGGUUAAACCUUGUGAAGGUUUUCUUGAUUUCCAAGGCAGAUUUGCAGAGAGAGAGAGAGAGAGGAAGAGAAAGAAAAGGUUAUAAAACAAGGUUCCCGUGAGUUUGUUUUGUAGGGUUUGGGAUGAGAUGGGAUUGGCUUGGCUGGCUUACCACAUGCCUUCCUCCUCUCCUCCACUUGCCCACUUCUCAAACAAACAUCGAUUACCAAUUUACCAUUCAAUUCCCUCUUAUAGCCCUUAGACCCAACUUCCACUAUCCCAUCCACUCUUUGUUUUGCUUGCUUCUUUCUCAAGGCUCGCAUUUGAUAAUAAUUUGAGAUUCACAACAUAAAAUCCUUUAAACGUUUUGAGUAACAGGGUCAUGUUCAUCAUUGCUUUAUGCCAUUUUCCUUACUCAACAAAUUACUCCAACAAAAGGUUGUAAUCUGUGGAAACCCAACAACAUUGAUGUGAUACCAAAAUGAGCAAAGAGUACCCCUCUCAUGGAGAGCAUUGUUUAGUUAGUUACAAAUCGAGCAAUGAGCAAUGAGUGGAUGAAACAAUCGAAGGAAAUGAAUAGAUUAAAUUUGGAUGAAAAUAUCUCUAGUUAUUAUAACAUAAAGGAAUAUUUUCAUAAUCAAAUUACUUCAAUUUGAUGAAACAUCAAUUGAUAUGAGUGAGUUUGUUCAAACCUACAUCAAUCAAUAAUGUAAUUAAGUUUAUUGUGGACAAGAAUAGUGGCCUACAAGUACAACCAAUUCAAAUACCUCAAUUAGACAUCAUAAGAGGAAAGGUGUGAAAUCCUCGCCAUCAAGUAAGCCCAUCGUUUUGUGGCUUACAAUCCACGCCAUCAACCAACUUUUGUUAUAUGGUCAUGGUUGGUUGCUUAGGAUAGGAGUGAAGAGAGAAAAGUAUAUGUGCCAUCAUCAUCAUCAUCUACUUAAUGGUCUUGAGGAACGAGGGCCAUCUACUUAAAGGCUCAAUAGCCAUAUCAAGCAGGCCCCACAUUCAGUAAGAAACUUUUUGGGUCUUGAGGAAUGAGGGCCAUCUACUUAAAGGCCCAAUAGCCAUAUCAAGCAGGCCCUACAUUCAGUAAGAAACUUUUUGUGGUCAACGGGCGGUCCAAUAGGCCCCAAGACAAAGCCCAAACAGGGGAGAACCUUGGACCGGCCGCUCUACAUUUCGAAAUAGAAUACGAGCGGGAACCAGGGAAGAAAGAACAACAAAAGGAAAGACGUCUGUCUUACCUUCCGUUCCGUUCCUUUCCAUCCUGUCUUGGCUCUCCUCAAAAAUUUCAAAAUUAUUCUUCUCCCUCUCCCUCUCCCUCCUUCUCUCUCUCUAAACAGUAAAACCACCAAUGAAUCGACAUUCCAAGC